GGAGUGUCGUCCGCCUGCACAGACAUACACACAUCAACACGGCAGCCACAGGAACUGGCUGGAGACGGGGGCGGCUUGUGCGCGUGCGUCGGCGCGGAGCCCUCUCCCGCCCACGUGCGCGCCCCCGGCCGGAGGCGCGCGUCGCGACAGGCAGGCGGGAAAGCGCGCGGGAAGCCCCCGGCUGGCUCCCAGUGUGGAGGAAGGAGGAUGGGAGGUGUUUGGAACGUGCCACUCUUGGAGAGAACGGGGGGUAUUUUUUUGUCCUCCCCUAGUGUUUCCACUCCGCCUAUUCGCCGACCGUUCCGUUAGUUCCCCCUGUCUCCCGCCGCGAUACGGAGUCCCGCGCCGCCGCCACGCUCCCUCCCUUCAGCUGGCUCCGUCCCUCGAAUCCGGCUGCGGUCUGAGCUGUCCCCUCCGCUGCCUGAGUGGGGCGCUGCGCUGUGUCGUGAGGCCGGAAAUUCCCGCGGCGGCCCGAGUGAAGGAGCCGCAGCGGAGAGCGCGGCACUGCUUUCCACCUCCUAGGGCCGGGCGGGGGCGUUGAGCCCAGCGAGGGCCGGGCUGCCUGAAUCCGGGCAGGGGGACCACGUCUGCGAGGAGCAGCCGAGCCGCCGGCGGGCGGGGAGCCGGACAACGCGGCAGCUCCUCGAGAGCCGCUCGGCUAGCUGGGAGACCCCGCGUCCCAGCUCCCGGGCCCCCGCCCCCUCGCGGUCUCCGCCUCCUUCCCUCACACACCCCCAGGGCCGCGCGAGCCCUGGCCUUCCCAGCGCUCCUCCCCCUCCCCUUCACACUCGCUCUCCGACCCGGGGCUCCUCCUGCCGCCCGCCGCCCUUGCUCUCUCCGGCGCGAGUCCUCGUUCUCAGGCUCUCCGCACAGACACGCCCGCACUACCGCGAGGCCGUCCCCUCCUCUCGGCCCUCCAACUCCUCCUCGUCCUGGCUAACCCGCCUUCGGGGGAGGAUUGAUGUCCCUUCAGCAUCAUGCAGCCACCGCCGAGGAAGGUGAAAGUUACACAAGAACUGAAAAACAUUCAAGUUGAGCAGAUGACAAAACUUCAAGCCAAACAUCAAGCAGAAUGUGAUUUGCUUGAAGAUAUGAGGACAUUCAGUCAGAAGAAGGCUGCUAUUGAAAGAGAGUAUGCACAGCUUCCAGCAAAUUGGAAAGAAAAAUUCACAAAAUGUGGGGGAAAGAAAACAUUCAUAAAAGUGUAACCAUCAAUUCUUACUUAAACAGUCCCUGAAAAAUGGAGGAGGUAAAAAC